AUGAGUGAUGAUAGUCAAUGGUCAAAAAAAUCUGAUUUGAUCCUCAUUGCAUAUCUCAUAUGUAUUUAUAAAGAACUUUACGCACCAAACCCUGAAACUUUUACAUAUGAAAUGGAACAAUUGAAGAAAAAAAUGAUAAUUAAAAUUCAUGAUGGUAAAUUUGUUCGUCUCGGUUCUAAUAAAACAAUUGUUCAUUUAACAUCAUUAUACGGUUGUUCACAAUCACUCGAAUAUUUAAAACUUUCUAAUCAUCAAUUUACAUUUAUUUCGAACGAUUAUAUUCAACAAUAUCAAAAAGAAUUAUUCUAUCAAGAUAGUGAAAAACGAAAAUUUCUUGCAUUUCUAAAUGAACUUGAUCUUUAUGAUUUCUUUCAAAUGAAUAUUGUUGAUAAAGGUUUUAUCAAUGUUGAUCAACUAGUUGAUAGUCCAUGGGCAAAUGAAAUGUCCUCAUUAUCUGAACUCAUACAUGAACCAUUUAUUAUCAAAGAUUGGUAUUCAGAUGAAUUCGAUGCACUUAUUUCGUCGAAAGACAAUGAUAUUCAUCAAUGUACUCAACUUCUACUCUAUCUUGAUCAACAUCAUCGACUCAUAUCAAGGUAUUAUGUGGCUUCAGUUCUUCCUUCUCGUAUGCGACACAUGAAUAUGCCACCAGUGAAAGGUGUUGAAUCGUCAUUUUGUCGUUCACUUCGACAACAUCAUUGGAUACCUAUUGUCGGUGGAAAACUACUCAAAUCGACGGAUGUCUACUAUUUACUUUCAAAUCAUCCACUUCGUCGUUAUGUGCCACAUUUUGAUCUUGUGAAUAUAUCAUUGAAAAAUCCUGAUUUUAUUUUUAAUAUUCUCGAAUUCAAAAAAGAAAUAACUCCCAUGACAAUGUUCGAAUUAUUCAUGAAAUGGUCAUGCAAUUUAGAUCGAGAUACUCUCUAUCAAAUCAUCAAUCAUCAUGCUAGUUUAGCCAUGAAUCAAGCGUAUGUUAUUUUAUGA